CGGACACCUCACACACAUUCUGUGUUCCUCUCUCUCGCGCUCACACACACAGUCUGAAUCAAUCCCCUUUCCUAAACCGUCAGUGUCCAGCUAUAUCCUAUCCUACAGCUGAAGAUGGUCUCUGAGGGCGCGUGCCUGGUGGAAGCUAUGGUGGUUGCUCGGGAUGAGGGUCGCCUCACUGCUGGAGUUUACGAGUGCGCCAAGAUCAUGAACGAUGAUCCAGACAGUGUUGCAUUCUGUGUUCUGGCCAUGGACGAGGAAUUUGAAUGCGAUAUCGCCCUGCAGAUCCACUUCACUCUCAUCCAGGCCUUCUGUUUCGACAACGACAUCAGCAUCGUGAGAGUGAGCGACGCCCAGCAUCUUGCAGAGCUUCUGGGAGACAAAGCUGGGCAGCUGGAGGAUUCACACUGCGUGCUCAUCACGAACCCCACUGAUGGCUCGUGGGAAGACCCCGCUCUAGAGAAGCUGCACGUGUUCUGCUCGGAGAGCCGCAGCUGCCACGAGUGGGUUCCUGAGGUGACCCUGCCCGCGCGCUGAGCUGAGCUCUGCUGCUGCUGCUGCAAGUUGUGAAGGAAAUGCUCUCCUCAUUCUGAGGAUCGAGGAUUAUUUCUCAAGCUCCUGUGGAGGCUAAUGAGCGAACGCGCUCAUGCACGCAGGCCGCGCGUGGACAGGCCCGGGCGGCUCUUGUGUCGCUCCUCGUGCCCCGCGCACGUCGAGCCGAGCCCCCUCCUCGUUUGUGUGAGUGAGGGGCAGCCCGGGCCGAGAGCGAGCCGACGGCCCUCAUUCUUUGUGCGGAUGAGGUUUGGAGAGACGGAGAAGCGAGUUGGGCGGAGAACGGGCGCUGCGGAGGAGGCGCAGAGGAGGCGGGGCAUCCAGCUGAACGGGGCGGGGCUCAGAGCCGGACUGCACUCCGACCACGCCCACUUUACCCCAGUGAAGCCGCUGAAUGACGGCGCUGAACUCACUGUGGGCUAUUCAGGCUUUCCUCUCUCCAGAAGGGUCUUAUUCUCUAAAGGGUUCACUUUAGAUUCUACUGCAUAUCAGAAAGAAAGGAGGAGAAACAUCUGCAAAGGUUUCAUUGUGGAAAUAUUUCAGAUGUCAGAAAAGAAAAGAGAAAAAACGAAAAGAAAUCCAAAAGUUUUACUUUGGAAAUAU